AUGGGAGCUGUAAUAUCUCGUUUUAGGUCGCAAAAUAAUGAUAAUUAUGAAAAAAUUUUAUCAGAACUUGAUGAUAAUAUUCGUAAAGCAGAAGUACGUCUAGGAGAAAUAAGAAUACGAGAACGUAAUGCACUGAUAAUUUGGAUAGUGUAUUCAUUAUUGGCAUAUGUUGCAUAUGUAAUGGGAUAUUGGUAUUUUGUUUAUAUGUCUAAUGAGGAAGAAAAUUGGGAUUUCAUGAAAGUGGCUCCUGUAUUGACAGGUCCUUUUUUCAUAGUUAUUGGUUAUAGAUUUCUCGCUUUAUGGUACAAAAGAAAAGAAACCAACGAAAUAUCUCAACUUGAGCAUUUAAGAGCCAGACAAAGCCUUAAAGUAGAAGAAUUAAAAAAAAGAACUGGAUAUUAUACUACUAAAACUUUAUUAGAAAGAUAUGAUUCGCCAACAAAACCAAUGACCCCUGGUCAAAAAAUUCCUUUAAUAACAACACCAGGAAGUUUAAAAUCUGGUGCUCCACAACAACAACUUCAAUCGCUCAUCAAUCCAAAUUCUUUACGUCAACCAUCAAUCGAUAAAACUAAUAUACAAAAUCAACGUCAUUGGUAUGAUAAAUUGGUUGAUGCAAUUGUUGGUGAAGAUGAACAAAAAUAUGCAUUAAUUUGUAAGAAUUGUUAUACUUGGAAUGGUCUGGCUUUUGCUUCUGAAUUUGAUGAUAUUCAAUAUUAUUGUAAAAAUUGUAAUCAUUUUAAUACAUCAAGAAGAUCUUUAAGAAACGGUACUAGUUCAGCACCACCACCACCAACAACAUCGUCAAGAGGUCGUUCCACAACACCAAAACCAACAACUUCAAGAUCUACAAGUAGAAAAAGAAAAGGUAGCCAUGGUAGUCGUCGUGGUAGUACUGAUGAUGAUUUUGAAGAUAAUGAAUUUAAACCUUAUAAUGUUAGAGAUGAUGAAAUAGCAAACAGAGACACAAAAUCACAUAUUCGUUAUAUAGAGUGA